AAAAGUCAAUGUCAUUCAUUAUGUUAAGGUUACCAUGUGUUGCAUUUUGCGUGUAUAUUUUGUAUAUUAUCUUGAAAAACUGAACUAAUAGCACUUAAAUAUCCAAAAUGGUGAUCACAGAAGACAAAGAAUUCGACAUAUUCGUCGCUACUAAAAUCGGUUCCUUCAAACAUAUAAAAUACCAUACAAACUCUAUAAAAAACACAAAAAAAUGUAUAGAAAAUCUGGUGGAUAUCAAGUCCUUGCAGAAAGACGACGGGAUAACGUGUAUGGAGUGGGGAAAUCCAGAACAAACCGAAAUAUUGCUAGGACGGAAAAACCAACAGAUACAAGUGUACAACACAACGGAAGGCUUCACAAAGACGUACACAGCAGACUUUGGCACCGGUGAUGUGGUGGGCCUUGGACGGUACAAGCGGAGACUGGUAGCCGCUGUAGCUGGUGGAGUCGUGAAGGUCUGGAGCAAGAAGCAGGAGAUCACAGUUGACACUGGUGGCAAGCUCGAUCAGAUGAGAGUCUGUGAUGAUGAUUCAACAUUAUUUGCUACAGGUGGUGAGGAAAACGACCUAAAGAUCUGGCGUAUAGGAGAGACGGCCCCAGUAUUCGCAGCAAAAAACCUGCCCAAUGACUUCCUGCAACUGCGGAGGCCGGUGUGGGUGUCCGGCGUGACGUUCCUGCCCGGGGAGGGGGGGCGGCUCGCUGCUGUCUGCUCCAGGCAUGGCUAUGUCAGGUUAUACGACUCGCGAGCUCAGAGGCGGCCAGUUUGUAACGUAGAGUUUCCCAAUAUGGCGGCUACAUGCAUCGCCCCAAGCUUCGAUGAACGACAAGUUCUAGUGGGCUUCGGUCGCGGGCAGCUGCAUUUAGUGGACCUGCGGAGAGGCAAGCAGGACAAGGGAUACAAGGGAGCCGCGGGGGCUGUCACGGACGUGGUGGGGGCUACGCCCGGGGGCGGAGCCCGACUGGUCGUCAGCACCGGGCUAGACAGGCAGAUCCGCAUACACGACUACGCUAGCAAAGAGUUGGUUUACAAGCAAUAUCUAACCUCGAAGCUCACACGCGUGUUAGUUCAGACAAAGAGCUCCACCGCGCUCAGACACCCAACGGAGGAAGUCAAAGAGGAGGUGAAAGAGGAGUCUGAGGCUGAUGAGCUGGACGUGCUGUUUGAAAAUAUGGAGACUGUCGGUCACAAACCAAGAAGGAAAGUGCAGACUACGACCGGCGAGCCAGCGGCAAAGAAAACUAAGCCGUCAGCCGACGGAAGCACGACAGAACUCGACCAAGAAGAGAAUCCAGAAGACGCCAUCAAGAAUCUUCUGCGUAGCACGGAAAAGCAGAAGAGAAGGCUCGAGAAGAAGAAGAAAGAAAAGAAGGCUAGGAGUGUCUUCCAUAAUGCGUAGAAUAAAAUGUAGAUAAUAUAU